CUCCGCCUCCGCCAUUGACAGCGUUGACCAAGUCAGCCGCUCCAGCCUCUCCAAGCGGCUAGGUGAGCAGCCGCUGCUACUACCCUCAACUGCUCCACCUUCCAACGCCAUUAAGGCGAGGCGAACCACCGGAGCAGCAGCAGAGCGCGGCCGAUCCCCUCCCCUCCCCUCCCCCAUCUCGACGCCGGCGGCGAGCGAGCCCCCACAGGUUCCGUGAGAUCCGGGCCAUGGCGCACGCGGAUGCGGACGCCGGGGACCUCCCCCCGCCCCCCGCGAAGAAGAAGAAGUCUCCCACCGAGGAGGAGGCGGAGAAGAGGAGGAAGAAGCUUACUCCGGGGAGCUUGAUGAAGGGGCUUAUUCGGUCUGGUGGGGGUGACGCGACCCCUGCGGAGGGAGAUCAGGUUAUAGUUCAUUGCACGACUCGGACAAUAGAUGGCAUCAUUGUCAAUUCUACAAGAAGGGAGCAUGGAGGUAAAGGGGUCCCGCUCAGGUUUGUCUUGGGGAAGAGCAAAAUGAUCCUUGGCUUUGCUGAAGGCUUUCCAACAAUGCUGAUGGGUGAAAUUGCGAUGUUCAAAAUGAAGCCUCAGAUACACUAUGCAGAGGAGGAUUGUCCAGUUACAGCUCCUGACGGCUUUCCAAAAGAUGAUGAACUUCAAUUUGAGAUUGAGAUGUUGGAUUUCUUCAAAGCCAAAAUUGUGGCUGAGGACUUAGGGGUUGUAAAGAAGAUAAUUGAUGAAGGCAAGGGGUGGGAAACACCGAGGGAGCCAUAUGAAGUGACAGCACGGAUAACUGCAAGAACAGGAGAUGGCAAAGAACUUCUUCCCAGUAAAGAAGAACCCUAUUUCUUUACUAUUGGUAAAUCUGAGGUACCUAAAGGGCUUGAAAUGGGAAUUGGGUCAAUGGCACGUGAGGAAAAAGCAAUUAUUUAUGUUACAAGUGCCUAUUUGACAAACUCUUCACUAAUUCCGCAACUUGAAGGUAUUGAAGAAGUUCAAUUUGAAGUUGAACUGGUUCAGUUUGUUCAGGUGAGGGAUAUGCUUGGCGAUGGCCGCCUCAUAAAACGGCGUGUAGUUGAUGGAAAAGGUGAAUUUCCUAUGGACUGUCCUCUUCAUGAUAGCUUGCUAAGAGUGCAUUAUAAAGGGAUGCUCCUUGAUGAACCAAAGUCAAUAUUUUAUGAUACCCGAGUUGAUAAUCAUGGUGAACCAUUGGAGUUCUGUUCUGGAGAAGGCCUGGUACCUGAAGGAUUUGAAAUGUGCGUUCGACUAAUGCUUCCUGGUGAAAAAUCUAUUGUGACCUGCCCUCCAGAUUUUGCAUACGAUAAAUUUCCAAGGCCAGCGAAUGUUCCUGAAGGAGCUCAUGUUCAAUGGGAAAUUGAAUUACUUGGAUUUGAAAUGCCCAAGGAUUGGACUGGUUUCACCUUCCAAGAAAUCAUGGAUGACGCAGAAAAAAUAAAAACCACGGGUAAUCGACUGUUUAAAGAAGGGAAGUUUGAGCUAGCUAAGGCGAAGUAUGAAAAGGUGCUUAGAGAGUACAACCAUGUGCAUCCUCAAGAUGAUGAUGAGGGGAAAAUCUUUGCUAAUUCAAGAAGUUCUCUACAUCUAAAUGUAGCUGCUUGCUACCAGAAGAUGGGUGAGUAUAGAAAAUCUAUUGACACAUGUAACAAGGUGCUAGAAGCAAACCCUGUGCAUGUGAAGGCUCUUUAUCGCCGAGGUAUGUCCUACAUGUUAUUGGGGGACUUUGAUGAUGCAAAGAAGGAUUUUGAGAAGAUGAUAGCUGUCGACAAGUCCUCAGAGCCUGAUGCUACAGCUGCCCUUAAUAAACUUAAACAAACAAUUCAGGAAACUGAAAAGAAAGCGAGGAAGCAGUUCAAAGGGCUGUUCGACAAGAAGCCAGGCGAGAUUUCCGAAGUAGGUGUAGGAGAGCCAGAGGGCAACAAGACUGACACGACAGGCUCAGGCGAGGCAGCGUCAACUGCUGACAGAGACACGGAUGCAAAGGAGGCUAUUCCCCGUGCAGAUUCAGGGUUGGCCUUCGAGGAAGAGAGGCCCGGACUUCUCGCCCGCAUCUGGCCUUCAGCGAGUCGGAUCUUCUCCUCGCUUGGGCUCAACAGGUGCACAAUCCUCUGAUGCACCACCAGUAUUCAAACCACUACAAACAGCAGCCAGAAAAGUCGCCCAGCAAAGCCCUGGAACGCAUUACACACGCAAAAUUAUCACCUUGGAUAUAUAUCUCUAAAAAUUAUACUCCAUUACAUGGUGUAGGCUGAUGACCUAUAAAUGAGGUAGGCGUAGUAGUAACGAGUUAGUUAAGGACAUACGGAGUAUUACUGUGGAAAUGCAUUUGUGCCUGCCAUGAUAAGAAUCA